GUAUAUAAAAGAUGGAGAGAAGCUCUCUCCUCCAGCACUCGAUUCCUCUCUCCUGAUCUCCGUCUCUCUCUGUGAGAAACCAGACCUUCUGCUAGGAUGAAGAACCUGAUGGCCCGGCUGUUUCUGAUGUCUCUCUGCUCUCUUCAUCUGGUGUUUAGUGCUCCCACUAGUUUUGACCACAAGACUCCAUGCUGUCCAGGCACAACUAAAAUGAAGAUUCCACUGAAGAACAUUGUGAAACACUGGAGGACCAGCAGUGACUGCCCCAUAAAGGCCAUUGUCUUUGAGACUCAUAAUAAAGAAAAGAACACUAAGAACAGAUUCUGUUUGGAUCCUACGGCCCCUUGGGUCAAAAAUUACCUGAAUGAACAACAACUUGGUGCGAAAGCAAGCAUCUGAGCCUCAACAUCAGACAGGAUUUCAACACAGAACACUACAUUAUUAUUAUAACCUGUUUUGUUAGUAUAUAUUUAGUUUAGUUUUGUUUUUACAGUUAAUAUAUUCUCACCUCUGGGCCUCAGUGUGAUGGCGCCACCGGGUGUUUAUAAGAGUUUAUUAUCACCAUCUGUGUCUUCUAACAUGUUUAAUAACCUAUAAAUCUAUCAGUAAAAUGGCAUGAAGUGACUAUUAUACACGUGUAACAUGUAACUGUUCUAAU